AUGGUCACUGGAGAUAUUGAUGAGACCAUGCAGGAGGAAGAAGACACUGAAGGACAUGGAGAGGAGGAUAACUUUCACUUUGAUCUUGAAGGAAUGAAGGUGGAAGAAUGUAUGGAGGGAGACUAUGAAUGCCCCAGAUUCGUGCUUUCUGCAUGGGAGGAAAAGAGGAUUCAUCGACCAAGGAGGCGAGGUGUGAUAGUAAAACUCUUAGGGAGAAGAAUCGGAUACAAGGCUUUAGAGACAAGGCUGAAGCAGAUGUGGGUGCGUAAAGGUAUCAUCAAUAUCAUUGACUUGAGCAAUGAUUAUUACCUGGUUGCAUUCACGCACGAAGAAGAUAAGAACGCUGCUCUUGCAGAUGGCCCAUGGUUCAUCUAUGACCACUAUUUAACUGUGAAGGAUUGGAGUCCAGAUUUUCACCCGGAACGUGACUCCAUUGAAAGUGUUGCGGUCUGGAUUAGGAUUUCAGGACUUCCAAUCGAGUAUUACGAUCCUAAAGUGUUAAGCUUCAUUGGUGACCGUGUGGGGAAAGCUGUGAAAGUUGAUAAGAACACUUUGAAGCAGGAGAGGGGGAAAUACGCGCGUAUUUUGUGUGGAAGUUAA